GCCAUCUUGGCUCUGGCGGCUGCGCGGAAAGCCGUGCUCCUGGCGGCCAUGGCGGUCACCCUACGCGUGAGCACCUCGGACAGCAGGAGGGAGCUUUGCGCGCUAGGCGCGGACCUGUGGUGGAGGUCCAAGGAGGUGAAGGAGGCCGUGAGGAGCAAGACCGGGAUCUCCGUUCUCUCGCAGAGGCUCUACGCGGGCGCCGACGAGCUCCCGCUCGGGCAGAGUCUGGAGGACAUCUUCCCUGGUCUGGCCGACUCGCGAACGCUGAGCCUCAGGCUGGAGCGCCGCAGCCUGGAGCAGGGGCAGUGGCUGGAGCGCGUCGGCGGGGACGUUGCCGGCACAGCGCUGCGCGGGGCGCCGGCCUGGGUGCGUGCGGACCGCGAGGUGGCCGCGACGGCGCUGCGCGCGAGCUGGCGCGCCUACGGGUUCUUGGCGGACGAGCUCCGUGCCGACCCAGAGUUUGCGCGGCUCGCGGUGAAGGGGGACCUGCGGGCGCUGGAGCACGUCCCCGCGGCGAUCUGGGAGGAGCGGGACUUCGUCCUGGACAUGACGCGGCUGGACUGGCACAGGCUCCCGACCGCCAUCAUGGACGGGAUCUCAGACGACCGGGAUGCCAUGCUGAUCGGGGCGCGCAGCGACUGGAGGAUCCUCGAGCACGCCAGCCCGCGCCUGAAGGCCGACAAGGAGCUGCUCCUGGAGGCGAUCCGCCAGGCCGGAUGGUCCGCUGCCUCUUGGCUGGUCACGGACGAGACGCGAGAGCUCCUCCGCGGCGACAAGGAGGCCAUGCUCGCAGCGCUGGAGGCGGACUGGAGGGAGCUGGAGUUUGCCUCCCGCGAGCUCCGCGGCGACAGGGACGUCGCCCUUGCUGCCGUGCGGCAGGACUGGCGGGCGCUGAGGUGGAUCUCAGAGGAGCUGCGGAGCGACCUGGAGGUGAUGCUGGCCGCGGUGCAGCAGGACUGGUGCGCCCUGUCCACGUCGCUGGAGGAGUUCCCGCUGCACCGGGACGUGCUGCUGGAGAUGGUGCGCAGAAACUGGCAGAUCUGGGCGCAGUUGCCCGCGCGCUUGCGCGCGGACGAAGAGCUCGCGGCAAUGGCUGUGGCGCAGUCGUGGCAGGCGCUGCAGUACUGCCUCCCGGAGCAGCUGGCCGAUCGCGGUCUCGCGCGCAGCGCGCUCGCGCAGAGCGCCCUCGCGUUCCUGCUGCUAGACGCGAGCCUCGGGGGCGACAAGGAGCUCGUGUUGAUGGCGGUGAGGACCCACCUCCGCGACCCCUUUACGCUCACGUCCCAGCGGAGGUGGCUGCGCUGGGAUACGGACGACGCCGACGUCGUCUCGGCUGCGUUCGCGAGCGGUGAUCCAGAGGUGCUUGCCCUGGCGUCGGAGGCCUUCCGCUCGGACUGCGCGGCCAUGUUUGUGAAGAAAGAUUCGAGGGCGCUGGCGCACUUGAAGGACAGCCUCCUCGAGAAGUCGGCGUUUGUGGAGCCUCUGGUGAACGACCCAGAGGUUAGGUGGAAGGAGGUCUGGACGUGUCACGGCGCGAACUGCAUGGAGCUACCUCAGGGGCCAGGGGGCUGGGACGAGUUGCCCUUCAUCCAGGUCCAGGACAUCAGAUAUGCUGCCUUGUCCUUCCCAUGGCAGACCUCUAUGGGCUACGUGAGGGUCCACCCCAGGAAUCUCUGGUUCGCCUCGGACGAGGGACUAGCUGUCUCCUGCGGGCUCGAGGUCCACAGAGGUGCUGGUGGGCCCCUUGAGGGGCCAUGGCAGGCGGUGGGACGGGCAGAACAAGCUGCCCUUUUCUUUGCCCUGAACCUGCUGCAAGACGUCAGGCUGGUCGUGUCUGACUUGCCCAGCCUUGUCAAAGAAGGCACGAGCUGGGACCAUGCCUUGCAGGAGGUGACCCUUGACUUGCUCGUGCAGCUUGUGCGCAAGAACUGGCGGGCCGUACGCUUCUUCCCGCAGAGCAGGCUGGAGAAGGAGUGCCGCGAGACCUUCAUUGGCGAUGGGCCGCCCAAAGUCUGCAUCGUGUCGCUCCACUGUAUCUCGUCCUCCAAGGUGGUUAGCGCGUCCAAAUUCCCCAUGACCGCAAUUGAGGCCUGCCUGUCCGUGUACAACCCCGCUGGGGCGCUGGAGCCGUCGACAAUUCCGCUAACUAGGGACAGUACAACACCAGCGUGGACCAAUGCCAUCGCCAACCUCGUGAGCACCAUGCAGGACCAACAAAGACAGAUGAUCACGCAGCAAGCAGAGCAGCAGCAGCAGACGAUGUCGCUGAUGGCUACGCUCGCCGGCAUGCAGCAGCAGGCAAUGAUGCACCAGCCGCCAGGGGGUGAUCAGACGAUCGCGAUCGUUCUUAAGCAAGGCAGCGCACGGCGCGAAGCGACGAAGGUGUUGCACCACGAAUGCAAUUUCUUGAAGAUGUGCAUGUCCGAGGACCUCGACGAGAUGUUGGGGGAUCUCAGAAACGUAACCACACAGCAGAAAUUCCACGAGGCUCUUCAGCAAACCAUCGCGGAAUGCACAAGCGACAAGGCUUCGGAGCUCGGCUUGGACAAAGUAGAUUUCUUCACAAUCGACCCCGAGGCUAUAGACGCCAUGUGCGAGAAGCUAUGGGCAAAGAUCGUAGCCCAGUUGCAGGAGCUGGGCGCCAUCCCCGUCCAGGCCGAGGACGUGGACUUUGAUGGCUCCACCCCGCAGCCACAGCCGCCCAGGUUUUGCGAGACGGGCGAUUCGGUCGCCAAGGUGAUCCGGGGCUCGGGGAUGGGCCUCCCUCGCAGCGGGGAGGUCGCCGAUCCCGCGCUCUUGACCGGGGUGGAAAGAUGGUCGCUGACGCACACGAACGUGCGCGACCUCAGCGCAUGCCUCAGAUUCCGCGGCGACAUCACUACGAUUGGCAGGCAUGGUCAUUCUCCUGGACUCUUCGUGAGAGGCCUCAGAUGCCGUUAUGGUGAUUUCGUGUUCGAAGUCGGUAAAUUCGGCAGGGUCGUCGACGCGGAGCUGCGGCCCAGCCUCUGGAAGGAUCGCGAGCUGCUCACGAUCGCGGUGCGGCAGGAUAUCCAGGUGGCCCUCAAGAUGGAGGAUGUGAUGUGGAAGGACAACCAGGUGGUGCUCGCAGCCAUGUCGACGAACCCGCAGGUGCUCGAACACGCGCCCGAGAGCGUCCAGGAGCACGUCUGGUCCCAGCCGGAAGUCGUGCGGGCCGCGGUCGAGCACGACUGGCGGAACAUGGAGAAAGUCGCCGUGGAGCUGUGGAGUGACUUCGACGAGGUCAAGCCGUUGGUGCUGGCGGCCGUGCGCCAGAACUGGCUGGCUCUGAAGGAAGUCCGGGACGAGAAGGUGCUGCAGCUGCUCUGGGCGGACCACGACGUGCUGCUGGCCGCGGUGCGGCAGAGCUGGCGCGCCCUGGCGAGCGCCCCCCGGGACUCUUGGACCGACCGACAGGUGGUCCUGGAGGCGGUGGGGCAGUGCUGGGACGUGCUGCAGAAGUGCCCCUCCGGGAGCGUGAAGAAAAAGAUCUGGGAGGACAAGGAGAUCGUCCUAGCGGCCGUCGGGCAGGAUUGGCAGGCACUGAAGGACACGGGGCUCAGAGUGGGGUGCGCGGAGCGGAGCGCUCGCUCCGUGUUCCGCGCGCGGCCCGAGGAAGCCUCCAGGGAGUGCAGGGAGGACGUGGACGUCGUGGUUGCCGCGGCGCGGCAGAAUUGGCGGGCCCUGGAGCUCGCUCCAAAGUCGGCCCACGCGCAGUUCUGGGAGCUGCGCGAGUUCGUGAGGGCAGCGGUCGCGCAGGAGGCCAAGACCCUCUUCCAGGUGUUGGGCGGCCGCUGCUACGGCAAGGAGUUCGGCGUUGCGCCCCUGUCGCUCAUCUACGGCUUGAAAAAUUUCUGCGCGAGGGGGCGGGCGCGGGCGAUGAUGGUUGCAGACGGCGACCGCGCAGCCGGCAGCAAGUUGAGCCUCGCCCUGUCGAGUUCUAGCGUCGCCGGCGCCAGGGGCCCCGACGCGAUCCCACCGUUUAUAUUCGAUGAGGUUCCAGAUGGCAUCAUGGCAUUGGGUUGCUUCGCAACUUCGCAGCCAACCGACUCCGCGUUCGCCGCGCCUGAGCCGAAGACGAAUGCGAAAUCACCGGCCCAGGGCAAGUCUGGCGAGCAGAUGGCAAGGAAGCAGGCGCGGGCGCAGCUCGGGUCCUGCGGCCGGCAGUUGCUGAGCAACCUGAUGGUUCGGGACAUCGAGUGCAUCGCGAGGAAGCGACAGGGCAAGCAGGAUUCUUGCAAGGGCAAUGCCAGUCCUGCCGACUGGGCGGGCAAGCAUUCAGUGAAUGGGAUGGAGCUCGAGGCUGCCAAGAACUUCCGCUCCGACAAGGAGAUCAUGAUCAGCGCGGUGAGACAGAAACCCGAGAUGCUGAGGAUGGCCGAGGGGGCCCUCCAGGCCGACAAGGACCUCGCCCUUGCCGCAGUGGGCGCCGACGGCCUCGUGCUGGAGCACUGCGCGGGCGAGCUGAGGGCCGACAGGGACGUGGUCCUGUGCGCCAUCACGCAGAACAUGAAGGCACUGAUCUUCGCCUCGCCCGAGCUGAAGGAGGACCUGGACCUGCUGGAGGAGGCUUGCUCUGGCACCAGGAGCAGCGCUGCACGGGGCUCCUCCGUGCCGCGGAAGAGCUGAGCCCGCCGGGCGCCGCCGCCAGGCGCCGCCGCCGCCCCGCGCCGCAGCCCGCGCCGCUGCCGAGCUAGGCAGAAUUGUGCGGGCCGUGCCCCCUCGCGGGGCGGGCGGGGCGGCGCGGGCCCGGAGCUUUUGAGGUGGCCGCUGGCUCCUCUGCGGCUGUCUGGUUCCCAGACCCCCGCUUGA